AUGUCUAUGCCCAGUCAAUCAGUCUGCCGCAGUCCACAUGGUUUCACUGCCAUUGAUGUUGAACUAGAAGAUGCUUCAUCUACUACUAGACACAAUACCGAGCCAGCGUAUGUUAGACAAACGUUAAAUAACAACGACACCAGGAACGGUGUUUCCAGAGAGCAAAUUGAUGGGUGCCGUCGGCGAAGAUCUGCUCCUGCUCGCAGUACUAGUCAGCGGAAUCAGUCACAAAACUCUUGCUUCAGGGAUUGUCUGCUGUGUAAAUGCUGUAACAGAAACGGUACGGAAAGAGCGAAACAGACAUCUGAUGGCGAAGAUAACGAGUUUGACAACUGUGAGCUCGAGGAAAUCGUGACACCACCGAAGUACCGACCUGAAUCGAUUGCGGCGCUAUGUGCCGCAACGCGUUUCACCGAGGCGGAAAUUAAACGGAUUUACCGUGGCUUCAAGGCAGAAUGUCCGGCUGGUAUCAUACGGGAGGAAACAUUCAAGUUUAUCUAUUCGCAGUUUUUUCCCCAGGGAGCUAAUACGGGCCUCUACGCUCACUACGUGUUCAAUACCUUAGAUAAGGACCACACCGGAAUUCUAAGCUUUGAGAAUUUCGUUCAGGGUCUGUCCAUACUGUCUCGUGGAUCACUGGAAGAAAAACUCUGUUGGACAUUCUCGUUGUACGACAUCAAUCAUGAUGGAAAAAUUACUCGGGAGGAAAUGACUGACAUCGCGAUUGCCAUUUACGAACUAAUGGGAGCCCGUGAGGACGGCGGAUCUGAUGACGCACAGAUUAAAAGCAAAGUUGAUAGAGUAUUCCAGAAAAUGGAUACUAAUUGCGAUGGUGUGAUAACGAUAGAGGAAUUUUUGGAUUGCUGCCGAAAAGAUCAGCUUAUCUCGGAUUCAAUGGGUGUUUUUGAUUCAACUAUAUGACCUUUGGAGAAACUGCACUCACUACCGGCGUUUGUUGUGGGACACCGCGACGAUGUUGAUACCACCGACAGCCUAAAUGGCAAUAGUCAACAGACUGAUUUGUAUAAAUCGGAUACAUCCUACGGACCAAGGACAGAGGAAAUGCAAAAGACUGCCACCGUUCCAAAGACACAAACAUCGGCUAGCAAUCCGCCGAGCAAGUCCAUCCGUACAAGCAAUCGUAAGCAAUCGGUACUGAUGAAUGGUAGGACGAAACAGAAGCAGAGCAGUCUUCGUUACCAUCAUCACCAUCUUUAUCACCAACAACAGCUCAAACACUACCACAUU